CAGCUGUCACCACCACCAGUCCUGCAGCACCUCUCACCACUACCCCUGCCCCUGCAGCAGCUGUCACCACCACCACUCCUGCAGCAACUCUCACCACUACCGCCCCUGCAGCACCUGUCACCACCACCGUCCCAGCAGCUGCAGCAGCUGUCACCACCACCACCACUCCUGCAGCACCUCUCACCACUUCCGCCCUGCAGCAGCUCACCUCUCACCACUACCUGACCCUGCAGCAGCUGUCACCACCACCACUCCUGCAGCACCUCUCACCACUUCCGCCCCAGCUGUCACCACCACCGCCCCUGCAGCCCCUGCAGCACCUGUCACCACCGCCCCUGCAGCAGCUCAGCUGUCACCACCACUCCCUGCAGCACCUCUCACCACUUCCACCUGUCACCACCACCGCCCCUGCAGCAGCUGUCACCACCACCACUCCUGCAGCACCUCUCACCACUUCCGCCCCUGCAGCCUGCAGCAGCUGUCACCACCACCACUGCAUGCAGCACCUCUCACCACUACCUCCUGUAGCAGCUGCAGCAGCUGUCACCACCACCGCCCUGCAGCACCUCUCACCACCACUCCGCUCUGUCACCACCACCACUCCUGCAGCACCUGUCACCACUACCGCCCCUGCAGCAGCUGUCACCACCACCGUCCCUGCAGCACCUCUCACCACCACCGCCCCUGCAGCAGCUGUCACCACCACCACUCCUGCAGCACCUCUCACCACCACCGCCCCUGCAGCAGCUGUCACCACCACCACUCAUGCAGCACCUCUCACCACUACCGCCCCUGCAGCACCUGUCACCAACACCGUCCCUGCAGCAGCUGUCACCACUACCGCCCCUGCAGCAGCUGUCACCACCACCACUCCUGCAGCACCUCUCACCACUACCGCCCCUGCAGCAGCUGUCACCACCACCACUCAUGCAGCACCUCUGACCACUACCUCCCCUGCAGCAGCUGUCACCACCACCGUCCCUGCAGCAGCUGUCACCACCACAACUCAUGCAGCACCUCUCACCACUACCGCCCAUGCAGCACCUCUCACCACUACCGCCCCUGCAGCACCUCUCACCACUACCGCCCCUGCAGCAGCUGUCACCACCACCGCCCCUGCAGCACCUGUCACCACCUCCGUCCCUGCAGCAGCUGUCACCACCACUCCUGCAGCACCUCUCACCACUUCCGCACCUGCAGCAGCUGUCACCACCACCACUCCUGUAGCAGCUGUCACCAACACUGCUCCUGCAGCACCUCUCACCACUUCCGCACCUGCAGCAGCUGUCACCACCACCACUCCUGUAGCACCUCUCACCACGACCGCCCCUGCAGCACCUGUCACCAACACCGUCCCUGCAGCAGCUGGUACCACCACUGCUCCUGCAGCAGCUGGUACCACCACUGCUCCUGUAGCAGCUGUCACCACCACCGCUCCUGCAGCAGCUGUCACCACCACCGCCCUUGCAGCAGCUGUCACUACCACCCCCCUAGCUGUCACCACCACUGCUCCUGCAGCAGCUGUCACCACCACCGCCCCUGCAGCACCUCUCACCACUACCGCCCCUGUAGCAGCUGUCACCACCACCGCCCCUGCAGCAGCUGUCACCACCACCGCCCCUGCAGCACCUGUCACCACUUCCGCCCCUGCAGCAGCUGUCACCACUACCGCCCCUGCAGCAGCUGUCACCACCACCGCCCCUGCAGCAGCUGUCACCACCACCACUCCUGCAGCACCUCUCACCACCACCGCCCCUGCAGCAGCUGUCACCACCACCACUCAUGCAGCACCUCUCACCACUACCGCCCCUGCAGCACCUGUCACCAACACCGUCCCUGCAGCAGCUGUCACCACUACCGCCCCUGCAGCAGCUGUCACCACCACCACUCCUGCAGCACCUCUCACCACUACCGCCCCUGCAGCAGCUGUCACCACCACCACUCAUGCAGCACCUCUGACCACUACCUCCCCUGCAGCAGCUGUCACCACCACCGUCCCUGCAGCAGCUGUCACCACCACAACUCAUGCAGCACCUCUCACCACUACCGCCCAUGCAGCACCUCUCACCACUACCGCCCCUGCAGCACCUCUCACCACUACCGCCCCUGCAGCAGCUGUCACCACCACCGCCCCUGCAGCACCUGUCACCACCUCCAUCCCUGCAGCAGCUGUCACCACCACUCCUGCAGCACCUCUCACCACUUCCGCACCUGCAGCAGCUGUCACCACUUCCGCCCCUGCAGCAGCUGGUACCACCACCACUCCUGUAGCAGCUGUCACCAACACUGCUCCUGCAGCACCUGUCACCACUUCCGCCCCUGCAGCAGCUGUCACCACCACCAGUCCUGCAGCACCUCUCACCACUACUGCCCCUGCAGCAGCUGUCACCACCACCACUCAUGCAGCAACUCUCACCACUACCGCCCCUGCAGCACCUGUCACCACCACCGUCCCUGCAGCAGCUGUCACCACCACUCCUGCAGCACCUCUCACCACUUCCGCACCUGCAGCAGCUGUCACCACCACCACUCCUGCAGCACCUCUCACCACUUCCGCCCCUGCAGCAGCUGUCACCACCACCGUCCCUGCAGCACCUCUCACCACUACCGACCCUGCAGCAGCUGUCACCACCACCACUCCUGCAGCACCUCUCACCACUUCCGCCCCUGUAGCAGCUGUCACCACCACCGCCCCUGCAGCAGCUGUCACCACCACCACUCAUGCAGCACCUCUCACCACUUCCGCACCUGCAGCACCUGUCACCACCACCGUCCCUGCAGCAGCUGUCACCACCACUCCUGCAGCACCUCUCACCACUUCCGCACCUGCAGCAGCUGUCACCACCACCACUCCUGCAGCACCUCUCACCACUUCUGCUCCUGCAGCAGCUGUCACCACCACCACUCAUGCAGCACCUCUCACCACUACCUCCCCUGCAGCAGCUGUCACCACCACCGCCCAUGCAGCACCUCUCACCACCUCCGUCCCUGCAGCAGCUGUCACCACCACUCCUGCAGCACCUGUCACCACUUCCGCCCCUGCAGCAGCUGUCACCACUACCGCCCCUGCAGCAGCUGUCACCACCACCGCCCCUGCAGCAGCUGUCACCACCACCACUCCUGCAGCACCUCUCACCACUACCGCCCCUGCAGCAGCUGUCACC